UCGGCCGAACAGAAAUACUCAAUGGGGGAGCGGGAGGCGCUGGCCUGCGUCUGGGCGUGCGAGCGAUGGCACAUGUACGUGUAUGGGCGACAUUUUACAUUGCGUACUGACCAUCAGGCUCUUACAGCCCUGCUUGCUACAUCGGGGUCGGGGCACAAACCGCUGAGGAUCUACCGCUGGUCAGAGAGACUCCUGCCGUAUGACUUCACCACAGUGUUUACUCCCGGCAGGGAGAAUGUGGUGGCUGACCUGCUCUCCCGCGCCACCCCCACCCCAGCGCCCGGCGCGGGCCCGGACGCAACAGAGUCAGAGCUCAUACUCAUGCUCCACACCCCGCUUCAGGCCGCGGUUUCCCUGGAUGACCUUCGGCUCGCAUCGGAGGAAGACCCCAUGCUCUCCCGGCUCCGCACUUACAUCCGGGAGGGAUGGCCUGCGAAGUUCCCAGAGGAGCUGGCGCCUUUUCAUCGGGUCAAGGACGAGCUGACCUGCUGGAAUGGUGUCUGCGUGGCCCGGGGCCUCCGCACGUUCGUUCCCAUCGACCUCAGGGCCCGCGUAUUGUCUAUGGCGCACGAGGGCCACCUGGGUAUCGUGAAGGUAAAACAGCGCUGCAGGGAUUUGGUGUGGUGGCCGGGAAUAGAUCGAGAUAUAGAGACAAUGGUGAAGGAGUGCACGGCCUGCCUGCUCAGUGGCAAAACUGGCCCGCCACUCCCACCGCCCCUGCAGCCCUUGCAGUGGCCGCGCGCGCCUUGGGAGCACAUGCAGCUGGACAUCUGUGGGGAGCUGCAUGGCGUCCCGCACCACCAACGCUUCCUCCUAGUGGCCUACGACCUCCAUUCGAAAUGGCCAGAGGUGGUCGCCACAGGGUCCGUAACGGCUCGGGUGGUCACAGACUUCCUCUCCUCUCUGUUUGCUCUGUGGGGCAGUCCUAACGCCAUCACUACGGAUAACGGCCCACAGUUUGUCUCCUCUGAGUUCGCCACCUUUGUGGAAGGGAGGGGGAUUAAACACAUCCGUACAGCUUUCUACCACCCGCAAGCAAAUGGGGGUGUGGAAAGGUUCAACCAAACCCUAAAGAACGGGAUCAGAGCACACCUGGCAGAUGGUCUUCCGUUCUCAGCUGCACUGCUUCACACCUUGCUUCACUACCGGGCGACGCCGCAUUCAACUACCGGCAGCUCCCCAGCCCUCUUGAUGAUGGGCCGUGAGCUGCAGCUCCCUUUGGAUCGGCUACGGGCCCCGGUGGCCGUCACGCCAACAGCCACACCCUGCCAGAGCGCCAGGGUUGCAGAGGCUCAGCGUCGCAUGAAGCAGCGGUUCGACAAGAGACGGAGGGUGAGAGCGCCUCCCUUCACAGUGGGGGACUGGGUCAGGAUUCACCGUCCUAACCGGGACCACAAGCUGCUAUCCUUCUGGACGGCGCCGAUGAAGGUCACCGCUCAACUGGGGUCAGCCACCUUUCGUCUGGCCGACGGAUCACAGUGGCAUGCAAGCCGGCUUCGGAAGGUGGCACCGCCCCCCAUCGUGGACCCAGGGCCCAGGGAGGACGGGGACUUUGUUUUUCCUGAUGAGCAGUUGCAGGGUCCAGCCGGGUUCCCACCUGAGCCGGUUGAGCCAGUGGUUCGUUUUGAAGCUCAUCCGGCCCGUGUCCGGGUCAGACCAAGAUACUUGGAAGACUAUAUUGUGAGCUUGUGACUCUCAGGGGUAGUGUUCAGAGCAUAGUCUGUUGCGUGGCAGAAUAAUCCACAUGGCUAUGCUGGUGACUGGCAGUCUACCCAGUUCAUCUAGAGUAGAUAGCUAAAAGUUAAUUGGGUUCCUUGUGGGGGGGGGGUAAAUGUUAUGUAUGUGUCACAUCAGGUGUGACUGUGCCUUUAAGAUGGCACCGGGAGUUUUGGGAUGUGUGAACCGGAUACAGUUGUGUUGUUGGAAUGUUGUCAUGGAAGCGUAUACAACAACGUGUUCAAUAAACGGUCAACACAGAUGUCGUAGUCCAUAGUCUUUUAUAUACAACAUGAGAUUUAACUACUACACUGAGAGGAGAGAUAACGGCUCUAAAAGCCGAAAAAUGACGCAGCGAUAACAACACUAACAGCCCAGAUAGACUCACAAAAGCAAACGUUAAAGGAGCUAACCGAAGCGGCUAACGGCUCAUCAGAUAUAGUGCAGGAGCUGGAAAGUAAGGUCAAGACACUCUGUGAGCAAGUGGGAACUCUCAGAAAAAUGCCUCGACUUGGAAGGCCGUUCGAAGAGGAAAAACCUGAGAGUGGCCGGAGUAAAAGAAGGGAAAGAAAAUGGACAGAGAUCAAGGCUUAUUGUGGCAGAACUGCUGAAGGAGACGCUAGGCUUGGAAAAAGCACCCAAAAUAGACAGAGCCCAUAGAGCCCUACGGAGACGUGCUGGGGACAAAACCGCAGAGACACCUGAUUGCUAGGGUACACUAUUGUCACACUUUUGAAGACAUCAUGAAGAAGGUGAUCUCUACCAGAGACCUGACAUUCCAGGGUCAGCGGAUACAGAUCUUCAGGGACCUCCCAACUGAAGUCGUUAAACGCCGAGCUGCGUUCACCCCAACCAGGAGGACUAGGCUACGAGUGUCACACAACGGCGGAGAGGUUAUUUGCGGAUCCGGAGGAGGCUCGGCAAUACGCGGAACGUCUCUUCGGGUCUGCAGAGGAGGAGUAAGAUGAGUGCACUCCAUUCCGGAGCCAAGACUGAAGGACUUUAAACUUUGAUUUUCCAGAGACUGACAGAAAAAAGUCCUAACGUUGCGCUCCUCUUCCUCGGCGGCGUAGUCCUGGGCCCGGGUGGAACGCUGCCUGCCUUCAGUGUAGGGACUGCAUGGUGUGACACUUUCUUUUCUGUAUGCUAAAUAUCUCACUGUUAUUAUUUUAUAUAGAUUGUGGUUUGAAUAUUGCAUGCUUAUGUUGUUUUAGUGUGUGGCUUUUCAUGUUUUUGUCCCUCGCGAUUAGCAGGCGCUGCAACCCAGCACACCAGGCCUGCCCAACUGAGGAGGGUAACUUAUAUACAUGUUGAAUUAUAUCUGCCUGUUUAACACUUUACAUUAAUUGACAUUUUAAACUGUUUCC